AAGCACAGCAGUCUGUUGUCAGUUAGGAUUUUUAAAGCGCUGCGGCGCGCGUUGCUAAGGAACGGACCGCGGCGCAUCACUGAUCGAUUAAUUCGGUGAACGUCGAUCGAUUAUCGGUGAGUGCUGAUGUCUGGGAGUGAAGAGCAGAGCUUGUCUCCGGAUGAGAUGCGACACAAGCUCUAUCAGACCUUCAGGAGCCGCGGGCUUCUGGACGCGCUGAAGGUCAGAGGACAAUUAUCUUUAUUAUAUUCAUUUGAGAAGCUGCAGCUGAUUGACGAGGAGUAUGAAGUGCUUCGGCACAGAGGUGACCGCUGGCCAUCAGUCGAGGCCAAGCUUGCGGAGUACAGGAAGGAGAUACAGGAGCAAGCGCAGGUGGAGCUCAAAGCAAAGCUGCAGCACUUCAUGGAGGUGGAGAUCGUAAAGGUGAAGAGAGACGAGAAGGAGGCCUCGCGGAGAGAAAUCCUGGAGCUGCGGAGAGACAUGGAGAGAACGUUUGAGCUGAAGUCUGAGGCUCUGAUGAGCCGAGAGAAAAACGCCAUCGAGAGGUUACAGAAAUCCCAGGAGAUAGAGGAAAAGGAGAUUUAUGCUCAAAGACAAGCCCUGCUGAAAGAAAUCGAAUCUGUGCGGAGCCGAGAGAUUGAGCUUAAACAGAGGAUGGAGGCCUUUGACAAAACCUGUAAGCUGCAUGAGGAGAAGGUAAAGACCAUGGAUGAUCUCCUGAGGAGGAGAGAGCUGUCUGUGAAGACCAUGGAAGACACGUUUGACCAGAAACUGAAGAGCGAGUUAGCGAAAUAUCAGCUGGAGCUGAAGGAGGAUUACGCGAAGAGAAGCGAGAAACUGACAGAAAAUGAGAAAAGGAUUAAAGAAGAAACGGUUCGUCUGCAGAAAGAAUCUGCUGUUAUUGAUGCAAAAGCAGAAGAGCACGAGAGAAGUUUAUCAGAAGUUAAACGUCUGCUGAUGGAGCUGGAGUCGUCCAGAUCGCAGGCGUCUCUUCUGGCCCAACAGAACGAGCUGCUGCGAGAGAGACUGGAGAACAUGAGCGACUAUCCAGCGCUGAAGAGAGACACUCAGGAGCUGCAGACGCACAUCAGACUGCUGAAACAACAGCUGGAGGAGAAGCGGCAGGAGAAGCAGAGACUCAGACAAGAGCUCAGCGCGCCGUCUAAGGAGCAGCUGGCGCUGCAGGCCGAGCUCAGGAGACUGGAGACGGCACGCAAACUAGACGAGGACGACUUUGAGACGCAGAAAAACGUCUUACACACACAGCUGCAGCACGAGGUGCAGCAGUGUGCGCUGUUGAAGGCUCAGCUGAUGGAGUGUGACGAGCGGGUGAAGUGGAUGAACACUCACGCUGAAGAGCUCAAGCUCCAGCUCCAGCAGACACAACAAGCUCUGGAGAACGAGAUCCUCCGCAAUCCCAUGCCUUCCCUGGUAGAGCAUUCUGUUCUCAGUUUGAUUCCUGACAGGCUGCUUCCUCCUGACGUUUACAUAGACGCCACUCUGCUCCGAAAGCCCAGAGCCGCUUCUGACGCUGAUUUAUCUGAAGCAGGGCUGGCCCUCAGGGGCCCGUGGCCCGCGGAGCGCGACUCCGAGCUGGUGAGCAACGCUCUGGCCCGGAUACGAGAGCUGGAGCAGGAGGCCGAGCGUCUGGAGGAUGCUUACAGGAGCCACCAGCACAGAGCCACUCGAGCAUCUGCUGAAGAUCUCACGCCUCCCAGAGUGACCUAUAGAGCACAGCCCAGGGUGAGCUUCACUUCUGCAGGAUGUCCUGUCGAGCAGGAAUUCACCAGAACUCCUUCUCCGAGAGAGAGAAACCCGCUGAGACUCAUCUCUCCUCCAGCCAGACGUCUGUCCUCCACACCACUGAGCAAACGCAGAGCAGACGCUGAUCACGAUGCUCACACUAUCACGCAAGAGCGUCGGAGGACGAGUCCUGACUCUGACAGAGCGCCGCUGGUGUUCCCAGAGAGGCAGAUCUCACCGAUCCCUGCUGGAGAAAGCCUCUGCUCCAUCAGUCCUCUCAGCAGCCCCAGGAUGAAGAGCACCACUCGCCACAGCCGCAGUCCACCCAAACUGCAGGAAGUCAUCUCCAGUUCCUCUGAAGAGUCGUCACCUCAGCCGGAGAAGAUCACGCUUCACGAUCUCACCGACCCUGUGCCACUGCUGUCUGUGGAUCAGGAGUGUGUCCUAGAGAAUCUCCAGGAGUCACACACAGAUGAACAUGACACAGCUGUAAAGAUAGAGGAGGAGGAGGAGGAGAGGAAGAGGAGAGAGGAGAGGAGGAAGAGGGAGAGAGAGGAGGCGCAGGAGAGAGAGGAGCGAGAGCUGCAGAGACUCCAACAGGAGCUGGUCAGACUCAUUAACAUACUAGUAUAUGGAAGCAUAUGGAAAUAUAAAUGA